AUGUCUAGAGUCUGCUCUCCGGGCAAAUGCAAUGCCAUCAUACCGGAAGAAGACAACUACAAGCAGUGUACAAAAUGUCGGGCCAAGGAUAAGGAGCGAAAACGAAUACAACGUGAAAAGAAGCAGAAGGCGGCUGAUUCCUCGGUGGUAAUGCAGAGCCGGGAUCUACCUGUGCUCAUACGGCAACCUGAAACAAUUCAUGAAGGAGAUGAGAGCGAUUCCGAUCAUAGUGAUGAAAGCACUGUACGGAGAUACGCCAAUGCUGAGGAGAUGUUCACGUCUCUGAGAAAACAGUCACGUCAAUCAGAAAUUGACUUUCAUGGAGAAUAUACGUUACCUGCUGAUCCGAUGGUCACUAACAAAGAGCGUGUCCAAUUCACGAUGCGAGAAGCCUGGCGGAUCACUGGAUUUCGGUUUACUGUUCAUGCCCAUCGAAAACUGCAACAUGGCCACAAGUUGAAGGCUUGGUGCUCGCAGGACAAGGCUCACAAAAAAGCCUGUAAGCCGAGUACAGAGGAAAACGUCAAGCAUCGAGACCAUGUUGGGAUGCGUCGGUUUGACUGCCGAAGCCGUUUGCUGGCAUCUUGCAAGGAUCUGAAGAAAGGAAGUCUUACCGUCAAGCUUGUUUCACUUCGAAUACAACACCACGAGAAGCAUGUGCCUUAUUAUGAUGUCUCGAUGCCUGAGGGAGCUUCACAGAUUAUACGAGAGAGCGUUGAAUGGUGCACACCCUCCUCCCUUGUGGCCAAGAUACAAGCUUCCUACCCAAACGUAACAUCAGCACAAAUUUAUCAUGCUUGGGCUGUUAUGAGUGAGGAACUGUGGAAGAAGGACCCCAAACAGGUCGAGUCUGCACAGAAAGUGCUGGAUGAACAUAGAGACGUGGUCGAUUUCUUUCAAGUUACAACUGAGCCAGGAGUCGAGCAAAUCUGCUGGGGCCUGAAAUUAAUCGCACAAAGGUUGACGGUAAAGAACGUGAUUGUUGAAAUCGCUAUUGAUGCAACAUUCAAUACAAACGCUAUGCACCUGGAGCUAUACUGUGUAAUGGCCGAAUUUGAUAAUGCUGGAUUUCCGUUGUCAUACUGUUUGCUAUCAACAACAAAAGCAACAGCACGUCAGAAAAGGAUUGAAGCAUUGGAACGGUGGGCAGUACACCUACGUGAUGCAUACCAUAUAAAGCCGGACUUUAUCAAUGUCGACAAAGACCUGGGGGAGAUUGGAAUGGUGGAGCGAGUGUGGCCGGAUGGACGCAUUCAGAUCUGUGGUUGGCACAUGAACAAGGCAGUUAAAGAGCGUAUAAGCAAAGCAAAACUGUCCACCACACCUUACAAAUCAUUCGAGGCACACCAACUCUUUCCGUUCAUUGAUAUUUCCUUCGUGCCACCAGGGUGUGCGGAUCCAGGUGAACAAGAAGGCGGCCGUGAGGGUGGUGGCCGUGACACUAUACUUGAUGAACCCGAUGAGAAGGCGGGUAAACCUGAUCCAAAUAUGCUGUUCAUCCACCUGCCCUCAAAACAGAAGCCUAUAAGGGAAAUGAGCCCACGUCCGCAGUUAACACAUCCACCACUCACCAUCAAAAUUCCUGCCCCGAAACCAGCCCAAGUGGAAACAGGUGAAUCAUCCUCUCAACCAGCGCAAGUCAUGGAGACCACCAAGCGUAUUUUUUGCCCAGCCGAACUUCGUGAACUUGUGAUAACAAGAGUCCAAGAGCACCGCAAUGCCCAUCCCUUACUACCAGGAAAGUGCCAUCCAUCACCGGAGGGGAUAUAUUCGUGGGCUGUCAAUAAGAUGUAUCACUUCUGUGAAGGCUACGAUUUGCGAGAGCUAUGGGCAUACCUCUGGGAAAAUUGGUACCGUCCAGCAAGGUGGAAACUCUGGGCAUGGUCCGCCGCACCCGAGAUACCUCGACUGAACACGACUAUGAUAAUGGAAAGCCAUUGGAGUCGCAUCAAAAAAGGUUUUCUUCGACACUUCAGCAAGCCAAGACUUGACCUGCUAGCUUGGAUACUCAUUGCAAAGUUGGCGCCAUCUUACUAUCGAAAACUGGAUGUGCUCCUCGGAGAUAUAGGCCGGUACCGAAUGUUAUGUGCCUGGAGAAAUUCAUUCAAAAAAGCAUGGAGGAGAUGUGAAGAGAAACACAUACCGGAACCAACAGGAACAUUUGAAUACCGUACCAACGUCAGACGAUGGGUGUGCACCUGUCCUGCCCUCGCUGGAAGCCGAUUCCUGAUAUGCAAGCAUCUUGUCCAAGGCGUCAAGUCAGUCCCACCAGAAUUUUUCCUCGAAGUAACCCGAAAUCGAACUGCUCCGAUCUGGUCUCACCCGUCAUUGGUUCCACUUGAGAAUGGACCGGAUACAGAAAUUCCAGAGGCAAGCAUCGAGGACACUGAGAUACCGGUGGAAAUGAAUUUUGGAAGUGAAGAUGGCAAUAACACAGAUGACGAGGAGGAUUAUCUACUGGAGGCCGAGCAACGAUUAAUGAACGAUGCAACAUAUCAAGAACGCAUGACCCACAUUAUUCAAAGCAUGCGAGAUUUUGCAGAUGGACUGGAAUACCAACUCCCAUUCCGGGACGAACGAUUUCUUUCGAGGCUGGAGUCUCAGGGAAAGGGUUUCUUGAACUUCAUGAGUACAUGUCUAGAGAAGGAACGUAGGGAGAAUAGCUCACGGACACAAAAUCCUGGCACAUGGGAUCCACAUUUUUCCUCAGCCAUGUUCUAUCGUUCAAGACAUUCAGAGACCUAG